AUGGGGACAGCAGCCAGGGUGGUGUGUGCCCUCCUCAUCCUCUCCACGCUGUGCUGGCACAGCCUGGCUCAGAGAGCUCCAGCCAUGCCAGACAAGUGCUGCUUCAACUUCCAGACAAGGAGGAUCAAGAGGGACAACGUGGUGGCCUGUUACCCCACCAGCCCCGAGUGCCCGCACCAGGCUGUGAUCUUCAGGGUGAGGAAUGGGAAGGAGAUCUGCACCCAGGCCAGCAGGCCGUGGGUCAAGAGGUACCAGCAGAGCUUCCAAGUCAGCUCCUUCUCCAUCCCCAGCUAGCCAGGGGUAGCUCCAUCUCCACCCCUGGGCUGGCUGGGGACAGAGGGGACACCAAGGCAGAGGAGACACAUCUGGAUGGAGCAGCUGACAAGUGACAUCCUCCCCAUCACGGUGACCCUCACCACUCCCUGAAGGCAGAGGGAGCCCAGCAGGAUGGAGAGUCCAGACCCUCUGGCCCAUGGACAGGCUGCAGCAGGCAGGGGGUGAGGGGGGAGCAGCUCCACAGUUGUGUUCUGUACAGAAUUAAACGUGAUUCCC